AUGAACGGACAUCACGCGACCCGGACUCUGAAGCCCGGAAUCAAUGUCCCGAUGGUCACCAUUUUCAAGAAGGAUACCGAAGAUCUAGACCUGGAAGCCAUUGCGAAGCAUGCUGUUAGACUUGCAAAGGCUGGCCUCACCUCUAUCACCUGUCAAGGCUCGAACGGCGAAGCGGUCCACCUGACCAAACAAGAGCGAAUUCAAGUCGUGCAGACCACGCGAAAAGCAUUAGAUGAUGCCGGUUUCUCAGAAAUGCCCAUUGUCGUCGGAUGUGGUGCACAGUCCGUCCGCGAGACGGUCGAGUUCUGCAAAGACGCCUAUUCUUCCGGAGGGGACUAUGCACUGGUUCUCCCGCCUUCAUACUACAAACCGUCUCUUACGACGGCCAACUUUAUCGAAUUCUUCCAAGACGUGGCCACGGAGUCUCCCAUCCCUAUUCUCAUCUACAACUACCCCGGAGCUGCGGCGGGAGUUGAUCUCGACUCUGACACCAUCGUCAAACUGGCCAAACAUCCCAAGAUUGUCGGGUGCAAGCUCACGUGCGGAAACACCGGCAAGCUCAAUCGCAUUGCCAACGCUGUCAACGCCGCUACCGCCACGUCAACGGGGUCGGGAUGGAUGUGUCUGGGUGGUUCGGCAGAUUUCACCCUGCAGACGAUGAUCGCUGGAGGGUCCGGGAUCAUCACCGGGUUGGGCAAUAUCGUUCCCAAGGCUUGCGUUAAGGUGUUUAACCUCUAUGCGGAGGGCAAGAUCGAGGAAGCGCAGAAGAUCCAGGCGAUCGUCGCUCGGGGUGAUUGGGGAGUCAUCUCUGGUGGUGUGACAGGUACGAAGAGUGCGUUGGAAUCAUAUUUCGGAUAUGGUGGCUACGCGAGGCGACCACUGCCCAAGCCUAGCAAGGAGGAUAUUGCCAGAUAUGAAGACAUGCUGAGGGAAGCGGUUGAGUUGGAGAAGACAUUGUAA